CUCUCGCUCUCUCUCUUGCUCUAUCUAUCUUGUAGCCUCCACAUUCAGCAUUCAGCGCAGCGUGGUGAGAUCAGAUGGCACAAAGCGUCUGAGCAGAGCAGGAUAGCUACGUACUGGUGCGGGCUGCAGAUCUGUCUGUCGUCGCCAGUGAGUGAGUGAGGUCGCCUGCUGAAUCUCUGGAGGAAGUGCACCUGCAUGCCAAGAAGCGAGUGCCUAAGCUGCGCACCUUGGCUCUGCCGCGUCCGUCUUGUCUGUUUACCCCGCGGCGCUCUAACACUUUUUCUUACUGCCUGUGAGGGGUGCAGAUGAAGACACACACAGGAGGGAGAACUACUGAGAGAGGACCCACACUCAUCCUCCGCACACAGAUCUGAGGUACGCAAUCUGAUAUCAUACCGAGUUUAUUUGGUCGGGUAAGCAAUUUAAAUUGGACGUUUUUGUUUCCCAAUGAGUUGCGUUUUCUAUGACCUUCGCAUUUGAAUUUAAGAGGGGAUAUUUGGAUUGAGUCCGCAGUUAAAAUUUCUGUAGUCACAGUGAAUUGUUUGAAUGCAGAUGUGUGAUUAGAUCCCGAUUUAAGAAACAUGUUUGCGCACUACAGUGCGGGGCUCUUUGACUAAUUUUUGAGGUCGUAAUUUCAGGUCCAUGGAUAGUUCCCAUGCACGCAGCGGUGUCCGGCUCAAAGGAAUUUCACUUCACUCAAACGUUCAACUUGUAGCUGUAAUACAAAGUGACGUGAUCAAUAGUUAUCUCUGCAAAUUAUUUAUUUUAUCUCACCAUUGAUGGACAGUUUAUUGGUCUGUUUUAUUUCAUCAUUGUUUCUGAUCGAUAUCUUUUCGCGGAUCAGAGCAAUGGGAAGUUGUUUUCGUUCGGUGACUCUCGCUCUCUCGCUCAAUUCAAUUCACAGGUCUUUAUUGGCACGGGAAACAUAUGUUUACAUUGCCAAAGCAAGGGAAAUAGACAAUAAAAAAUGAACAGUAAACAUUACACUCACAAAAGUUCCAAAAUACACUUGUCUAUAUGCAGUGUUGUAACGAUGUGCAAAUAGUUAAAGUACAAAAGGGAAAAUAAAUCAACAUAAAUAUGGGUUUUAUUUACAAUGUUUUUUGUUCUUCACUGGUUGCCCUUUUCCUGUGGCAACAGGUCACAAAUCUUGCUGCUGUGAUUGCUCUCUCUCUCUCUCUCUCUCUCUUUCUUUGUGUGUGCGUGUGUGAAAGAGAGAGAGAAUUCGUCGGGCCGGGAAAUUAUAGGGAAUCGCGCUGCUGCUUGUCGCCCUGUCACAUUUGAAUCAACUGCACAAUAGAGCGCCAAUUAAAUGACAUGGUGUCGCCGCCGACAAUCUGUUUAUAGACUACCUGCAUUGUCCUCUGCAAGUCGACAACCCCAAAAUGACAAAUGCCACCCUCUAAAGUUGGUUAGUUUGAAUCCCCGAGCCAACUAGGUGAAAAAUCUGUCAAUGUGCCCUUGAGCUAGCCGCUUAACCCUAAUUGCUCCUGUAAGCUGUUCUGUAUAAGAGCAUCUGCUAAAAUUAUUAUUAAAAACUAAUUCAACCCUGAUUGAAAGGAUCAGUGGUGUCUGAAUUCACAAAUGUUUUAUAUCUUGUGUAUUUUGUAGCCUGUAGCCAUAUCGCCUAUUAGUGUGAUGGAAUCUCUAUUGAGAAAGUGUGUCCAAAUGGUCCUCCCCUUCAUCCAUCUUUGGUAAAUGAUUUAAAAUACUUCAUUUCAAUUUAUAUUAUGCCCAUUUAGCUAACUAAUUAAGUCUGGAUUGCACAGAUAUGUUUUGGAAGAGCACGUUCUCUUAUAGACUGGUAAUAUAAUUAUUCAAUAUGCCUAGAGAGACCAAGAUAAUAAGCACAUUUUCUACAAAAUGAAGGUUUGCUUUUACUGUUGCAAAAAUGGUCUGCAGUUUCGACUAGUCCAUUUGAAUUCUAUACAGUACAUUUUGUUCAUCUGUAGACCUAAAUCCUCUAAGGCUGGACAUUUCCCAGCAAACUGGCUGUAGUUCCAUGUAUUAUAGACUGGUCUAUAAAUCCCCCUACAAACCCCAGUCACAGUGAAGCCCUCCAUGGAUAGGUUUAUGAGUUAUGAGACUAAAGGAAUGGGGCUCUGGAGAAAUGUGCGGCUAUCAGCAGGUUGCAAGUCUUAUAGAAAUAGAUACACGUCAAUACGUAGCCUAGAAACAGAACAUCACAACCGUAGAGCUGAAGUAUAGGCUACUAUCGGUCAACACUGUGUCAUAUAUUAAUUCAAUCAGGGGUAGUACCAGGAGGGUCUUGACUGAAACUAACUGACUGAAUAUGCUUCAGCCACUUCUAACCAUCCAGUUGUAUAACAGAUUGGGUGUAGGUCUGAUGACACGCUUGUAACAUAGAGGAUGCUUAUGGGCCAGGCAAUAUGGAUUGCUGGGCAUAUACAGUAGGACAGGCCUUUUUCACAAGUUGAGGUGUUUUGUAGCCGUCACAUUUUUCUCUUUUGUUGACAGUUUGCCCCUCUGAUGUUUUUUACCACCUCCUUUUUUACCAGUGAUGAUGUCAGGAACCUUGAACACAAUCAGCACUGAAUCAUCAGCAAAUGGCGUCUAUAAAAUGUCCUUCUUACUCAUUCCCUCACCAAUCACCUUGUUGCUAAUUGGGGAAUUUUCAUACCCAAUAUGACACAGAUCAUUCGUUUUUAUAAGUCACACUAAAGUGGAGCAUGUCUAAAUUUGACUUUUGACUCACUGCCUGGUGUGAGUGAGUGACAGGGUUGUGAAUGUAAAUAGAAGACUGUCUCAGUAUUCAGUCUGGCUUUAGUCUGCCAUGGUGAAUGUUUCCUGUCAGAGUUCAGAGGCUACAGAUAAUGAAAUGGUAGAAUCAGAUUAUAACUAGUAGAUGUCUUUGUGUGUGUGUGUGUGUGUGGAUGUGUGUUCAUGUACAAGCAUCUGUAAAGCUGGAUGAGAGAGCGGGAGAUAUAUAUAUAUAUACAGUACCAGUCAAACGUUUGGACACACCUACUCAUUCCAAUGUUUUUCUUUAUUUUUACAAUGUUCUACAUUGUAGAAUAAGAGUGAAGAAAUCAAAACUAUGAAAUAACACAUGGAAUCAUGUAGUAACCAAAAAAGUGUUAAAUAAAUCAAAAUAUAUUUGAGAUUUGAGACUCUUCAAAGGAGCCACCCUUUGCCUUGAUGACAGCUUUGCACACGCUUGGCAUUCUCUCAACCAGCUUCAUGAGGUAGUCACCUGGAAUGCAUUUCAAUUAACAGGUGUGCCUUGUUUACAUUACAUUUACAUUUUAGUCAUUUAGCAGACGCUCUUAUCCAGAGCGACUUACAGUUAGUGCAUACAUUAUUUUAUCGAACCCACAACCCUGGCGUUGCAAACGCCAUGCUCUACCAACUGAGCUACAUCCCCUGCCGGCCAAAUCCCUCCCCUACCCUGGACGACGCUGGGCCAAUUGUGCGCGCCGCCCCAUGGGUCUCCCGGUUGCGGCCGGCUACGACAGAGCCUGGAUUCGAACCAGGAUCUCUAGUGGCACAGCUAGCACUGCGAUGCAGUGCCUUAGACCACUGCGCCACUUGUUAAAAGUUAAUUUGUGGAAUUUCUUUCCUUCUUAAUGCGUUUGAGCCAAUCAGUUGUGUUGUGACAAGGCAGGGGUGGUAUACAGAAGAUAGCCCUAUUUGGUUAAAAAAAUGUCCAUAUUAUGGCAAGAACAGCUCAAAUAAGCAAAGAGAACAUGAAGACAUGAAGGUCAGUCAAUCCGGAAAACGUCAAGAACUUUGAAAGUUUCUUCAAGUGCAGUCGCAAAAACCAUUAAGCGCUAUGAUGAAACUGACUCAUGAGGACCGCCACAGGAAAGGAAGACCCAGAGUUACCUCUGCUGCAACUUCAGAUUGCAGCCCAAAAAAAUGCUUCACAGAGUUCAAGUAACAGACACAUCUCAACAUCAACUGUUCAGAGGAGACUGCGUGAAUCAGGCCUAAAGGACACCAAUAAGAAGAAGAGACUUGCUUGGGCCAAGAAACACGAGCAAUGGACAUUAGACUGGUGGAAAUCUGUCCUUUGGUCUGAUGAGUCCAAAUGUGAGAUUUUUGGUUCCAACUGCCGUGUCUUUGUGAGACGCAGAGUAGGUGAACGGAUGAUCUCCACGUGUGUGGUUCCCACCAUGAAGCAUGGAGGAAGAGGUGUGAUGGUGUGGGGGUGCUUUGCUGGUGACACUGUCAGUGAUUUAUUUAGAAUUCAAGCAGCGAUAUGCCAUCCCAUCUGGUUUGCGCUUAGUGGGACUAUCAUUUGUUUUUCAACAGGACAAUGACCCAAAACACACCUCCAGGCUGUGUAAGGGCUAUUUGACCAAGAAGGAGAGUGAUGGAGUACUGCAUCAGAUGACCUGGCCUCCACAAUCACCCGACCUCAACCCAAUUGAGAUGGUUUGGGAUGAGUUGGACCGCAGAGUGAAGGAAAAGCAGCCAAUAAGUGCUCAGCAUAUGUGGGAACUCCUUCAAGACUGUUGAAAAAAAGCAUUCCUCAUUAAGCUAGUUGAGAGAAUGCCAAGAGUGUGCAAAGCUGUCAUCAAGGCAAAGGGUGGCUACUUUGAAGAAUCUGAAAUAUAAAAUAUAUUUUGAUUUGUUUAACACUUUUUUUGGUAACUACAUGAUUCCAUAUGUGUUAUUUCAUAUUUUGGAUGUCUUCACUAUUAUUCUACAAUGUAGAAAAUAGUAAAAAUAAAGAAAAACCCUUGAAUGAGUAGGUGUGUCCAAACUUUGUGUGUAUAUAUAUAGUUUGUUGUUUAUUUCUUAUUUUUAUUUAAUUAAAUGUAUCGACCGAAGAGUACACAAUACAACAGCAGUAGUGUUGUACCUGUAUACAUGAUUAUAUGUACUAUUAUUAUUACUACUGAAAUUAACUGUAUUUCAUUAUCCCCAUUGCAUUGUACUGUAUUUACUGAAAUGCUGUACCACUAUACUGCUUUGGCAAUAUCUACAAAUUGUAUUUCAUUCCAAUAAAGCAAUCUGAAUUUGAAUUUGAAUUUGACUGAGAGAGAGAGCGAGAGACUGCGAGAGACUGAGAGAGAUAGAGAGAGACUGAGAGUACCCUGUUCUGAAAAUAUGAAUCACAGAGAUCAUCAGCUUUCAUAUUUUCUAUUUUUCGUUUAUCUAUUUUGUCACUUUGUCCCAUUUUUAUUCCAAAAUCUCCUCAAUUACCAUUUUUUUCUCUCUCUCUAUCUCUCUCUCUUUCUCUCUCUCUCUCUCAAUUCAAUUUCAAUUUAAGGGCUUUAUUGGCAUGGGAAACAUAUGUUAACAUUGCCAAAGCAAGUGAAGUAGAUAGUAAACAAAAGUGAAAUAAACAAUAAAUAUUAACAGUAAACAUUACACUCAGAAGUUCCAAAAGAAUAAAGACAUUUCAAAUGUCAUAUAAUGUAUAUAUACAGUGUUGUAACAAUGUGCAAAUAGUUAAAGUACAAAUGUAUUUACAAUGGUGUUUGUUCUUCACUGGUUGUCUCUAAUAUGGUCAUACAUUUGACAGGAGGUUAGGAAGUGCAGCUCAGUUUCCACCUCAUUUUGUGGGCAGUGUGCACUUAGCCUGUCUUCUCUUGAGAGCCAGGUCUGCCUACGGUGGCCUUUCUCAAUAGCAAGGCUAUGCUCACUGAGUCUGUACAUAGUCAAAGCUUUCCUAAAGUUUGGGUCAGUCACAGUGGUCAGGUAUUCUGCCACUGUGUACUCUCUGUUUAGGGCCAAAUAGCAUUCUAGUUUGCUCUGUUUUUUUGUUAAUUCUUUCCAAUGUGUCAAGUAAUUCUCUUUUUGUUUUCUCAUGAUUUGGUCACUCUCUCUCUCUCUCUCUCGCACGCACGCACGCACGCACACACACCAAUCAUGUACGCAUGUCCUCCUUCAGCGCUUGACGUUCCUCCAACACUCUUAACGCCUGCCAGCACGCCCACACCUCCCACACAGUCAUUUAAAAACCCACUCAAGUCCAGGGGAAUUCACCACAAUGAGUCAACAGCUGUGUUUUAGACCAGGGUCUAUUCACUGAGAAAAGUUUUCGGUCUACCUUUGAAAUGUCUAUUCAAACACCUCAUAGCACCCAGCCACACAUACUCCCACGGUUUCUUUCUUGUGUGGCUGUAAGGUGUUGCUCUUCAUGCCACAGAGCAGAGAGAGAGUCAACUGAAAGGGUAGUAUUAGAACAUCAGCACUGAGUCGGGGCGGCUGUGUUUGUGUUUGUGUCCUGCUGCUGUCAGCGAGCUAGCUCUCCCUCUUUUUCUCCAGAGUGAAUAGAAGUUCCAUUACGCACGCAGCCGCCCGUCUUCUUUUCAUGGCAGCUGAAUGCCAUCUCUCUCUCUCUCUCUCUCUCUCUCUCUCUCUCUCUCUCUCUCUCUCUCUCUCUCUCUCUCUCUCUCUCUCUCUCUCUCUCUCUCUCUCUCUCUCCAUGAGUGACACAGGGCAGCAUGACAUCUACCAAUCGUACAGAGGAGCAUGCCAGUGAAUUGUGCGUAUGUGUGUCUGUUCCUUUUAUGGUCCUUUGCACCCCCAUUGUGUUCGUUACCAGUAAGUCUCUCUGCUUGUGUCACGAACUACAUCCGUGUCACCCCAUUAACAGUAACAACCCCCUACUUCUCUCCACAGAUCUGACCUCUCACCCCUGACCUCUGACCCAGUGCCCCCUGCUGGUUCGGGUCACCUUUGACCCUACCGUGAUGAGCGUGUGCGGCAGGAAGGCCCUGGCGUUGCUGAGCAGCGUGUUUGCGGUGAGCGGGCUGGGGCUUCUGGGAGUUGCGGUCUCUACAGACUACUGGCUGUACCUGGAGGAGGGGGUCAUCCUGCCCCUCAACCAGACCACUGACAUCAGGACCUCCCUGCACUCUGGACUUUGGAGAGUCUGCUUCCUGGCAGGUCAGUACCAUCUCCAGAUGAUCCUGGAUCAGACCAAUUCAGACCAAUUCUAGCUGUACACUCUUAGAAAAAAGGGUUCCAAAAGGGUUCUUCAGCUGUCCCCAUAGGAGAAACCUUUUUGGUUCCAGGUAGAACCCUUUUUGGUUCCAAGUAUAACUAUUUUGGGUUCCAUGUAGAACCCUCUAUGGAAAGGGUUCUACAUGGAACUCAAAAGGGUCUACCUGGAACCAAAAAGGGUUAUUCAAAGGGUUCUCCUAUGGGGACAGCCGAAUAACCCUUUUAGAGUGUAACUAUUAGAUCUGACCCUGUGUCAGUGGUAAGGGACACAUUUGCUCCUCUUUGUUUCUCACUGUCUGGUGGUUGUUAGGAAUGAGAAGAAGAAUGAUUAAAUAGCAAUGUUGAAGCUCUAAAGAUUCUUAACACCCCCUAGAGUCGUUGUCCGCGCCCCCACAUAAAUCUAAUUAGCAUAAUAAAACAAUCCUCAUAAAAAUAUGUCAGUUUAAGCUAUUGGAUGUGUCUCAAUCCACCGCAUCCGCCGAUGUCAUACUUCCGCAUCUGCGGUGAAAGGUGACAGAGCUAGAGCGGUGUUUGUCAGACCAUGAGACAUCCAGAAAACCGGUCUUCUCACAAGAGAAGCGUCUGAACGGUUUGGCCUACAACGGUUUGGCCUACAGUUUGACCUAAAUAUUAUGACCCUUCUAUGGAACGAUGAGACUCUAAUGGACACGAUGGUGUUCUCCGUUUUGUCUACGACCCCCACAAGCGUCUUGGGACUCGUCUAAAGUCGGUAAAGCCGAUCUGUCAACUUCUGUCUGUAGCGUCAAAACAGUUUGGUCUACACACUAAUAUGACCCCUCUCACGAACACGUACAUGUCGGGUGUUUUGCUCUAAGACACCCACCGGCCUCACAAGACUCAUCUGAAGGUCCCCCGGUACCAGUUGAAAAAAUGAAUAUGGAGACUUUUUAGUGCCAAAAAUAAGGGAUUAAAUACAUGUAAAAAAUAUAUAAUAAAAACAUGUUUUCUGAUCUUCCUUAUAUCUCUCAGAUAUAGGACAGACACUUCAGAACAAACUUCCUUUUUUUGGGACUAUCUGUUGUUCCAUGUAAGAAUAUGUUAUUCAAUGCGUUUGUAUGGGCUAAUAGCAGUAAGGCCAAACAUUUGUUUUCAUUUAUUUUAUUUUUUUAAACAUUCCAUAUAGCUUAGUAGAACACAUCUCCUUCGCAUCGAGUUGAUCAGGGUGUUGAUUGUGGCCUGUGGAAUGUUGUCCCGUUCCUCUUCAAUGGCUGUGCGAAGUUGCUGGAUAUUGGCAGGAACUGGAACACGCUGUCAUACAUGUCGAUCCAGAGCAUCCCAAACAUGCUCAAUGGGUGACAUGUCUGGUGAAUAUGCAGACCAUGGAAGAACUGGGACAUUUUCAGCUUCCAGGAAUUGUGUACAGAUCCUUGCGACAUGGGGUCGUGCAUUAUCAUGCUGAAACAUGAGGUGAUGUCGGCGGAUGAAUGGAACGACAAUGGGCCUCAGGAUCUCAUCACGGUAUCUCUGUGCAUUCAAAUUGACAUCGAUAAAAUGCAAUUGAGUGGCAUUUUAUUGUCCCCAGCACAAGGUGCACCUGUGUAAUCAUCAUGCUGUUUAAUCAGCUUCUUGAUAUGCCACACCUGUCAGGUGGAUGGAUUAUCUUGGCAAAGGACAAAUGCUCACUAACAGGAAUGUAAACACAUUUGUGCAAAACCUUUGAGAGAAAUAAGCUUUUUGUGCAUAUGGAACAUUUCUGGGAUCUUUUAUUUCAGCUCAUGAAACAUGGGACCAACACUUAACAUGUUGCGUUUAUAUUUUUGAUCAGUGUAUCUGCACUGGGAGGCAAACCGAUGAAGAACACAUACACCCUGACCCUAUUAAGUGUAGUACUGAUGAACAGAAAAUUAGGAUGAUAAUAAUAAAGAAAUAAUGUUAUUAUAAACGUUGAACAAUAAAUGAAAGUCACAAAGUCCCACUCUAUUCACCAUUGCAGUGUGAUUUAUUCAAUUAAGUAGUGUAUGUGACUUUCAUGUCAUUUUCAUUAUUUCCCUCUAUCCUAAGCAUUUCGCUGCGCACAUGCAUGCAUUCGAAAACUUGAUAACCCACCAACGAAUGCACACUCACAAUGUGGCAUACACACACUCACAAGGUACACAUAUACAGUAUGGUUUACACACACAGCAGCCAUACAAUUGACUGGCAUGCUCUUCUGUACGAUUGGUAGAUUAUGUACAAUGGGAUAAUGCUGCUAGAUCUCUCAGACAGAGAUACAUUUCAUGCUGCCCUGUGUCACUCAGAGAGAGAGAGAGAGAGAUGCUUUGUGAGAAAGGUUUAUGAGUCAGUGUGAUGUAUUAAUAAGUGUCUGUCUGAGCUCCUAUCAUAUAGCUCAGUUCAGGUAUGACUUUGACUUGGACUCUUGAGAUGAAUCAGGUGCUACUGAUGUCAGAAAGCACUGCAUUAUUAGAUCUGUGUGAUCUGGGCAAAUUCUGUCUCUAAAUGUUAUCUCACUGGCACCACCAUAUCACCAGGUAAAAUUCUGAGUAUGUGUAAAUAUACUUGGAGAAUAAAGGUGAUUCUGCAAGUUUUAUAUUUGAUGUGUAUCUUUUUGUAAUUACAGGGCUCAACUGUAAAAGAGACCUUGGGCUCAGCAUGACUCCCUGUCAAAAUAAAGGUUAAAUAAAUAACCUCUCUAUAACCUCUCUAUAACCUCUUUAUAACCUCUAUAAUCCCUCUUCUUCUCUUCCAGGUGAAGAGGCAGGUCGCUGUUUCACCAUAGAGUACAUCAUGCCCAUGAACUUACAGCUGACCUCUGAGUCCACAGUCAGUGUACUUAGUAAGUUAUAUUUCUCUCAUUUUCCUUCUGGCUGUAUCUGUCUUUGAUGCUCUCUCUCUAUCCCACUCUCUCUCUCGCUCUCUCUCUCUCUCUCUCCCUCUCGCUCUCUCUCUCCCCCUCUCUCUCUCUCUCAAUCUUUAUUCGCAUGAUUAGGUGGUUGCCACUGUUGCCAAAGCAAUGUAUAUGAAGUAUUACAUAAUUGAACAAUAUGCUUAAGCAACAAUUUUUUUUAUUUUUUUAUUUCACCUUUAUUUAACCAGGUAAGCCAGUUGAGAACAAGUUCUCAUUUACAACUGCGACCUGGCCAAGAUAAAACAAAGCAGUGCGAUAAAAACAACAACAACACAGAGAUACAUACAGUGAGUAUUUGAUCCCCUGCUGAUUUUGUACUUUUGCCCACUGACAAAGACAUGAUCAGUCUAUAAUUUUAAUGGUAGGUUUAUUUGAACAGUGAGAGACAGAAUAACAACAAAAAAAUCCAGAAAAACGCAUGUCAAAAAUGUUAUAAAUUGAUUUGCAUUUUAAUGAGGGAAAUAAGUAUUUGACCCCUCUGCAAAACAUGACUUAGUACUUGGUGGCAAAACCCUUGUUGGCAAUCAGAGGUCAGACGUUUCUUGUAGUUGGCCACCAGGUUUGCACACAUCUCAGGAGGGAUUUUGUUCCACUCCUCUUUGCAGAUGUUCUCCAAGUCAUUAAGGUUUCGAGGCUGACGUUUGGCAACUCAAACCUUCAGCUCCCUCCACGGAUUUUCUAUGGGAUUAAGGUCUGGAGACUGGCUAGGCCACUCCAGGACCUUAAUGUGCUUCUUCUUGAGCCACUCCUUUGUUGCCUUGGCCGUGUGUUUUGGGUCAUUGUCAUGCUGGAAUUACCCAUCCACGACCCAUUUUCAAUGCCCUGGCUGAGGGAAGGAGGUUAACACUCAAGAUUUGACGGUACAUGGCCCCGUCCAUCGUCCCUUUGAUGCGGUGAAGUUGUCCUGUCCCCUUAGCAGAAAAACACCCCCAAAGCAUAAUGUUUCCACCUCCAUGUUUGACGGUGGGGAUGGUGUUCUUGGGGUCAUAGGCAGCAUUCCUCCUCCUCCAAACACGGCAAGUUGAGUUGAUGCCAAAGAGCUCGAUUUUGGUCUCAUCUGACCACAACACUUUCAUCCAGUUCUCCUCUGAAUCAUUCAGAUGUUCAUUGGCAAACUUCAGACGGCCCUGUAUAUGUGCUUUCUUGAGCAGGGGGAACUUGCGGGCGCUGCAGGAUUUCAGUCCUUCACGGCGUAGUGUGUUACCAAUUGUUUUCUUGGUGACUAUGGUCCCAGCUGCCUUGAGAUCAUUGACAAGAUCCUCCCGUGUAGUUCUGGGCUGAUUCCUCACCGUUGUCAUGAUCAUUGCAACUCCACGAGGUGAGAUCUUGCAUGGAGCCCCAGGCCGAGGGAGAUUGACAGUUAUUUUGUGUUUCUUCCAUUUGCGAAUAUUCGCACCAACUGUUGUCACCUUCUCACCAAGCUGCUUGGUGAUGAUCUUGUAGCCCAUUCCAGCCUUGUGUAGGUCUACAAUCUUAUCCCUGACAUCCUUGGAGAGCUCUUUGGUCUUGGCCAUGGUGGAGAGUUUGGAAUCUGAUUGAUUGAUUGCUUUUGUGGACAGGUGUCUUUUAUACAGGUAACAAGCUGAGAUUAGGAGCACUCCCUUUAAGAGUGUAUUCCUAAUUUCAGCUCGUUACCUGUAUAAAAGACACCUGGGAGCCAGAAAUCUUUCUGAUUGAGAGGGGGUCAAAUACUUAUUUCCCUCAUUAAAAUGCAAAUCAAUUUAUAACAUUUUUAACAUGCGUUUUUCUGGAUAUUUUUGUUGUUAUUCUGUCUCUCACUGUUCAAAUAAACCUACCAUUAAAAUUAUAGACUGAUCAUUUCUUUGUCAGUGGGCAAACGUACAAAAUCAGCAGGGGAUCAAAUACUUUUUUCCCUCACUGUAUGGAAUAAACAAAAACGUACAGUCAAUAACACAAUUGAAAAUAUAAAAUCUAUAUACAGUGUGUGCAAAUGUAGUAAGUUAUGGAGGUAAGGCAAUAAAUAGGCCAUAGUGCAAAAUAAUUACAAUUUAGUAUUAACACUGGAGUGAUAGAUGUGCAGAAGAUGAUGUGAAAAUAUAGAUACUGGGGUGCAAAUGAGCAAAAUAAAUAAAUGUAAAUAACAAUAUGGGGAUGAGGUAGUUGGGUGGGCUAAUUACAGAUGGACUGUGUACAGGUACAGUGAUCGGUAAGCUGCUCUGACAACUGAUGCUUAAAGUUAAUGAGGGAGAUAAGUGUCUACAGCUUCAGAGAUUUGUGUAGUUCGUUCCAGUCAUUUGCAGCAGAGAACUGGAAGGAAUGGCAGCCAAAGAAGGUGUUGGCUUUGGGGAUGACCAGUGAGAUAUACCUGCUGGAGCGCAUACUACGGGUGGGUGUUGCUAUGGUGACCAAUGAGCUAAGAUAAGGCGGGGAUUUGCCUAGAAGUGAUUUAUAGAUGACCUGGAGCCAGUGGGUUUGGCGACGAAUAUGUAGUGAGGGCAAGCCAACGAGAGCGUACAGGUCACAAUGGUGGGUAGUAUAUGGGGCUUUGGUAACAAAACGGAUGGCACUGUGAUAGACUACAUCCAAUUUGCUGAGUUGAGUGUUGGAAGCUAUUUUGUAAAUGACAUCGCCGAAGUCAAGGAUCGGUCGGAUAGUCAGUUUUACGAGGGCAUGUUUAGCAGCAUGAGUGACGGAGGCUUUGUUGCGAAACAGGAAGCUGAUUCUAGAUUUAACUUUGGAUUGGAGAUGCUUAAUGUGAGUUUGGAAGGAGAGUUUACGGUCUAACCAGACACCUAGGUAUUUGUAGUUGUCCACAUAUUCUAAGUCAGACCCGCCGAGAGUAGUGAUUCUAGUCGGGCGGGCGGGUGCAAGCAGCGUUCGAUUGAAGAGCAUGCAUUUAGUUUUACUAGCGUUUAAGAGCAGUUGGAGGCCACAGAAGUAGUGUUGUAUGGCAUUGAAGCUUUUUUGGAGGUUUGUUAACACAGUGUCCAAUGAAGGGCCAGAUGUAUACAAAAUGGUGUCGUCUGCGUAUAGGUAGAUCUGAGAGUCAACAGCAGCAAGAGCGACAUCAUUGAUAUACACAGAGAAUAGAGUCAGCUCGAGAAUUGAACCCUGUGGCACCCCCAUAGAGACUGCCAGAGGUCCAAACAACAGGCCCUCCAAUUUGACACAUUGAACUCUAUCUGAAAAGUAGUUGGUGAACCAGGCGAGGCAGUCAGUUGAGAAACCAAGGCUAUUUAGUCUAACAAUAAGAAUGCGGUGAUUGACAGAGUCAAAAGCAUUGGCCAGGCCGAUGAAGACGGCUGCACAGUACUGUCUUUUAUCAAUCGCGGUUAUUAUAUCGUUUAGGACCUUGAGCGUGGCUGAGGUGCACCCAUGACCAGCUCGGAAACCGGAUUGCAUAGCGGAGAAGGUACGGUAGGAUUCGAAGUGGUCGGUGAUCUGUUUGUUAACUUGGCCUUCAAAUACUUUCGAAAGGCAGGGUAGGAUGGAUAUAGGUCUGUAACAGUUUGGAUCUAGAGUGUCACCCCAUUUGAAGAGGGGGAUGACCUUGGCAGCUUUCCAAUCUCUGGGGAUCUCAGACGAUACGAAAGAGAGGUUGAACAGGCUAGUAAUAGGGGUUGCGACAAUUUCAGCAUCUAAUUUUAGAAAGAAAGGGUCCAGAUUGUCUAGCCCAGCUGAUUUGUAGGGUUCCAGAUUUUGCAGCUCUUUCAGGACAUCAGCUAUCUGAAUUUGGGUGAAGGAGAAGCGAGGGGGGCAUGGGCAAGUUGCAGCGGAGGGUGCAGAGCUGGUGGCCGGGGUAGGCGUAGCCAGGUGGAAAGUAUGGGCAGCCGUGGCAAAAUGCUUAUUGAAAUUCUCGAUUAUCGUAGAUUUAUCGGGUAGUGACAGUGUUUCCUAGCCUCAGUGCAGUGGGUAGCUGGGAGGAGGUGCUUUUAUUCUCCAUGGACUUUACAGUGCCCCAAAACUUUUUGGAGUUAGUGCUACAGGAUGCAAAUUUAUGUUUGAAAAAGCUAGCCUUUGCUUUCCUAACUGAUUGUGUAUAUUGGUUCCUGACUUCCCUGAAAAGUUGCAUAUCGCGGGGGCUGUUCGAUGCUAAUGCAGUACGCCACAGGAUGUUUUUGUGCUGGUCAAGGGCAGUCAAGUCUGGGGUGAACCAGGGACUAUAUCUGUUCUUAGUUCUGCAUUUUUUGAAUGGGGCAUGCUUAUUUAAGAUGGAGAGGAAAGCACUUUUGAAGAACAUCCAGUCAUCCUCUACUGACGGAAUGAGGUCAACAUCCAUUCAGGAUACCCGGGCCAGGUGAAUUAGAAAGGCCUGCUCGCUGAAGUGUUUUAGGGAGCGUUUGACAGUGAUGAGGGGUGGUCGUUUGACCGCGGACCCAUUACGGACGCAGGCAAUGAGGCAGUGAUCGCUGAGAUCACCUCCACCUUUCCAGAAAUAAGUCUCUCACUGUUGCCGCUUGCUACAGACCCCCCGCAGCCCCAAGUUGUGCCCUGGACACCAUAUGUGAAUUGCUUGCCCCCCAUCUAUCCUCAGAGUUCGUACUGCUUGGUGACCUAAACUGGGAUAUGCUUAAAUAUAUUUUGAUUUGUUUAACACUUUUUUAGUUACUACCUGAUUCCAUGAGUGUUACUUCAUAGUUUUGAUGUCUUCACUAUUAUUCUACAAUGUAAAAAUGAAGAAAAACCCUUGAAUGAGUAGGUGUGUCCAAACUUUUGAAUGGUACUGUAUAUUAAAAAUAAUAUUAUUAUUUUGAAAGGUAACCGCCGCACCUAAACUUUUAUUUUGAAAGGAGACCGCCGCACCGCUUAUAUGUUGCUGACUUUACACAACGUUACCCUUACACACAGGCCUGCGUGCACUCAGUGUUGCCAAUUUAGCGACGUUUGUCGCUAUAUUUAGCAAGUUUUCAGACCCCUCUAGCGACACAUUUUCAAAAAGGCGACUAGCAACAAAUCUAGCGACUUUUUCUGGUGUUAUUGGAGACUUUUGGAGACUCUGACGUCAAAGUACGUAUCGUUCUUACUCUUCUCAACGAGCAGCGGGUGCUGCCGUGGGUGGAGAGAGUCAGCCGACAACAAACUUAAAACCAUACCCCUAUCCAAUGACACCAUGAGGAGGAGAAUCCAGGACAUGUCUGAGGACAUAACGCGCCAGACAUCAGAGCGAAUCAGUGCAAAUGGCCAUUACGCACUGCAGCUUGAUGAAUCCACAGAUGUGGCUAACCAUGCAAUUCUAAUGGUCUAUGUCAGACACAUCUGGGAUAAUAACUUUGAGGAGCAGUUCUUUUUUAGUGCUGAUUUGCCCACCACCACCACUGCAGAGGCUGUCUUUAACACAAUGGAUAUGUACUUGGGCUCCAUGGGACCGGCCUGGGAUGGUUGCGUCGGUGUGACCACUGAUGGGGCAGCUGCCAUGAAGGGAAAGCACUCCGGAGUAGUAAAGCGGAUCCUGGAGAGAGCACCAAGAGCGACGUGGAUCCACUGCUUCCUACACAGGGAGGCAUUGGCAGCGAAGGACAUGGUGCGUGAGCUCCACGCCAUUCUCCAGGAUGUGAUCAAAUGUGUCAACUAUAUAAAAAGAGUUCCACGAAAAGCAGGUGUUUCCAGGCCUUCUGGAGGGAUAUGGGGAGUGAGCACUAGCAGGUGCUUUAUCAUGCAGAGGUCCACUGGAUUUCCAGAGGUACAUUGUUGGGUCACUUUUAUGAGCUUCAAGCGGAGAUUGCUGCGUUUCUUUCGGAAAACAAGUCACCUCUGGCUGAACAUUUCGAUUGUGAGGAAUGGCUCGCGAAGGUUGCCUGAAUUCGCUCAAUGUGUCAAAGCACAACCUAUUUGAACAGAGCAGGAACAAAGUGGAUGCCUUCAAGAUUAAGCUUACCAUUUGGGCAAGUCAUGUUUCAAACGGGAGGAUUGACAUGUUUCCCAAUGCUGAUUUCGAGAUUCAGAAUCUGAUCAACAAAGCGCACAGCGACACACUGAAAAAACAAACAGUUAAACAGCAUCUUGUUAAGCUGCAGGGAACGUUUUCAACUACUUCCCGGAGGAGAACAGGAGACAAAAUGACUGGAUACAGGACCCCUUUCGAGUGGAGAUGGGAAGCGUCACGUUGCCAAGCAACGAAGAGGAUCAGCUGGUGGAGCUGUCAUUUGAUCGCGGACUGAGCAUGCGCUUCCCGGAAACGUCACUGCCACAGUUCUGGUGCAGCGUAACGGGAGAGUAUCCUACUCUCGCCUGUCAUGCAAUCAGAAUCAUGCUAACGUUCAGCAUUACCUAUCUGUGUGAAAGUGGCUUCGAUGCUAUGGCCGUGCUGAAAACUAAAAGCAGAAACAAACUGGACAGCCAGCAUGACCUCCGAGUUUCCCUGUCAACCAUCACCCCAGACUUCAAUAAACAUAUCAAACUGAAGAAACACCCCCAGUUUUCCCACUGAUAGGCCACACACAUGCACGCACACACACCCACACACACACAAUAAAUAAACAGGUAAAUGAGUUAUUGUUCAGUAUGUUCAUUAUUAUUGUUAAUUAAUUCUGACAUUCAUAUUAAAUUUGAUUGAACUGGUUAAAAACGUACACCUUUAAAAAAAAACUUUUCAAGGUUGUGAAACUAUUCACAUGGUAAUUGGUGAUUACGAGAUCCUAAUGAUUGUUGUUUUUUCUAUUUUAAACACUGGUAUGUGUUACUGUUCAUUAACAUUAUUGGACUGGUUUUUAUGUCAUGUUCUGAGUCUAAUCAUUUAUUACACCCUACUCCUGAACUGGUCGCCUAAUUAAAUGGCUUAUUCUCUUGAAUUUAUAAUAAAUGUUUUCUCAGUUAAUAUGGCUGUGUAAUGACUUUCUUUAAUACCAUAAUAGUAGCCCAUUGAGACAGUCUAUUUUGCCUGGCCAAGAAGGCAGCUGCAAUACAACAUUACAAAAUGUAAUCAUCAACAGUCCAUAAUAUUGGGUCGCGACUCAAUUGUCUGUCAAUUUUGGGUCCCCAGGCAAAACCAGCUGAGAACCAUUGCUCUAAAGGGUCACUCCCUAGGUUGUGGUGUUUGCAUAAGAAAGCGCGCGCGCUCUCUCUCUCUCUGUGCAAGUAGAUGAAGCACUCUUUGUGUUUUACAUUUACAUAAUUUAGCAGACGCUCUUAUCCAUAGCGACUUACAGUUAGUGCAUACAUUAUUCUUUUUUUUUUUCAUACUGGCCCCCCGUGGGAAUCGAACCCACAACCCUGGCGUUGCAAACACCAUGCUCUACCAACUGAGCUACCUCCCUGCCGGCCAUUCCCUCGCCUACCCUGGACGACGCUGGGCCAAUUGUGCGCCGCCCCAUUGGUCUCCCGGUUGCAGCCGGCUACAGCAGAGCCUGUGUUCAGAGUGAGUGGGUGGUUAUAAUACUGAGAAUGCACUCAGGACAAACAAGGACAAGUGACACCAUUUAUCAACAUAUGGCACCCUCUUCUGGUUACUUUGCUGAACAGUCUUUAUACCUGAAAAGCUGAAGCUGAGAGAGUGAGCAGUGUAGCAUAGAGAAGCUGUGUGUGCAUUGGAAGAAAUAUUACUGAGGUUUUCUGAGUUCCUGUCAAAUGUGGAAACAAUAUGUUUCAAGGAAUGAUAAUGUCAGGCAUGGCUUGUAACCAGCGUUCUAACGUGAAGAAAUGGAAGAACAGACUGAAUGCGAGAGAUAAUAUAUUCACUCUAAAAUUGUGCUUCUUUAUCAUCAGUAUUAAAGCUUUCACAUCCCCAAUUAAGGCUCUAAUGCACUUUUAUUGAACUUUGUUUUCCUCCUCCUAGAGUGUCUGAAUGACGAGCUCCAUACACAACAAAGUGAGUCAUCAGGACUCCCACUGUCUCUGUCUCUCCACCCUGCUGACUCCUCUCUAGUUCAGAAUACUUAUUAGGAAAUAACUCUGAGGAGUCACACUGAGGGAAGUUUUACUUUCUCUAAAAUCACAGCCUCAUUAGGUUUUGGUUGAUGCCUGUUGAAAGCUCUCUGGUAGAUAGGAAUAUUGUUUGGACCCUCUAUGUUCAGAGUUUGUGAUAAAGUAGAGUAUAAGAGUUUGUAGAAAAGCAUAGUUAUAUGUGUCUGUGAAAUUCUGUUUCUGUAUAGUAAUCACUGUCUUUCUCUAUAUUGCUGUUUUGGUCUUUUCUCUCUCUCUCUCUCGCUCUCUCUCUCUCUCUCUCAGAGAUGAUUCGUUCAGCCACUCCGUUUCCUCUGGUCAGUCUGUUCUUCAUGUUCAUCGGCUUUGUGCUCAACAACAUCGGACACAUCCGACCUCAUCGCACCAUCCUGGCCUUUGUCUCUGGAAUCUUCUUCAUCCUCUCAGGUAAUCUUCUCGUCUUCCAUCUCUUCCUCAUCCUCUUCACCUCCUUUUCUCUCUCCUCUUCUCCCUGCUUCUCCUCCUCCUUGUCUUCUGCUGACACUGCUUCAGCUACUGAAUGUGACAAUGUCUAUCUCUCUAACACAAUCACUGUCUGUCUGUCUGUCUGUCUGUCUGUCUGUCUGUCUGUCUGUCUGUCUGUCUGUCUGUCUGUCUGUCUGUCUGUCUGUCUGUCUGUCUGUCUGUCUGUCUGUCUCUGACUGAUGUUCAGGCUUUGAAGGUUUGUUUAAUCUCUCUCUCUCUCUCUGUCAGGUCUGGCUCUGGUGGUAGGUCUCGUGCUGUAUAUAUCCAGUAUUAAUGAUGAGAUGUUGAACAGGACUAAGAGCAGUGAGUCCUACUUCAGCUACCGGUACGGCUGGUCCUUCGCCUUCGCUGCCAUCUCCUUUCUGCUCACUGAGGUACAACAUUUGUUGUAGAAAAAAUCUACAUAGUAUGAUAGUUCACUACCAAUUUUAUUUAUUUAUUGUCACAUACACCGGAUAGGUGAGGUGAAAUGUGUUGUUUUACAGGGUCAGCCAUAGUAGUACAGCACCCCUGGAGCAAAUUAGGGUUAAGUGCCUUGCUCAAGAGCACAUCGACUUUUCACCUUGUAGGCUCAGGUAUUCGAACCAGCAACCUUUUGGUUACAGCCCAACGCGCUAAGUUAUCUGUCGUCUGCUGGUGUGGUACCCUCUCUUCUGGGUCUUCUGGCUCUCUAUACUACAGAGCGCAGUGUCCUCUAACCUUUAUCGUCUGUCUGUCUGUCUGUCUGUCUGUCUGUCUGUCUGUCUGUCUGUCUGUCUGUCUGUCUCUGUCUCUGUCUCUGUCUCUCUCUCUCUCUCUAGAGUGCGGGUGUCAUGUCCGUCUACCUGUUCAUGAAGCGCUACACAGCCGAGGAAAUGUACCAGCGCCACCACCCCGGCUUCUACCGGCCGCGCCUCAGUAACUGCUCUGACCACUCCGGUCAGUUCUUGCACCCGGAGACCUGGGCACGUGGACGCAGCCCCUCGGACAUCUCCAGCGAAACCUCGCUCCAGAUGAGCGCCAGCUACCCGGCCCUGCUCAAGUGCCCCGACUACGACCAGGUCUCCUCCUCGCCCUGCUGA